AAACCCAUACACAGAGAUACACAAAGGAGAUGGGAAACUUUCGUACGUUUUACCCCCCAAAACCCAUUUUCCUAAAAUUGUUUUUGUAAUUUGAACCGUGUCUGUGAAUAAAUGUGAAAAGCAACAACAAAGUGAUGAGGUGAAAAACGAGGAGGAGAAAAACAUUCAGAAGUCUUCUGUUUCUGCCUGGCGAAGAAAAAUAUGUUUUUUUUUUUGUAAAAGCAUAUUUCGUUUUAUUUUUUGGGUUGAACUUGGAGCAAACUGGAUUCACAACAAGGGCUUGUUAAUAUUGUUAACAUACCCAAACCACAUAAAGUAGUGGCUACCACUGAAGAUGGUGCUCAAGUUCCUUUUGGUAUUAUUCAAGAAAUCUAUGAAGCCUAUGUUUGUUUUCAUGUUUUUAAUUACACAACUGAAGUUGGUGGCAAAAUUGUAUUGUGUGUGAAAUAUUUCCAGAAUGGUUUUGGUUUUGAAAACGAAAACAAGGUUCAAAUUAAAGCUAAUAAUGUCUCCUUUUAAAAACCAGAGGUCUUCCAAGUCAUAAAUUGGAGGUUACGUCAAGCAGCAUGUUUUUAUGAUGACGAUUAUUUUGCGUCUGAAAAAGACGCCCAAGCAACUGAUGAUCAGGUGACUACGUUUGUUUUCGGCGCUAAUUUUUCGCUUUCGAUCGAUGCACAACGCGAGCGUCUUCCUAUAAGAAAAUACCGUGAUCACAUUCUCUUUUGCUUGGAAAAUUAUCAAGCAUUGAUACUUGUUGGUGAAACUGGCAGCGGGAAGAGUACACAGCUACCACAGUACCUAUAUGAAUUCGGAUGGCACACAAAAGGACUAAUUGGAAUAACAGAACCCCGAAGGGUUUCUGCAGUUACUCUCGCAGAUCGAGUGGCUGCCGAACGUGGCGAAAUGGUUGGUGAUAGUAUUGGCCUUGCUAUUCGAUUUGUAGAUAAGCAAUCAAAAUCAACAGCAGUGAAGUUCAUGACCGAAGGAGUACUUCUGCGUGAAAUGCUUGCAGAUCCUCUGCUCACACAAUAUGCCGUGAUUAUAAUUGAUGAGGCCCAUGAACGUAACACUUUAACAGACACAGCUUUGGGCUUAUUAAAAAAAAUUAUGAAAAAACGUGAAUCCCUUAAAAUAAUUAUUUCAUCUGCAACAAUAGACGCAGAGUUUUUUAAGGAAUUUUUCAAUAUCAAGACAAAAAAAUCAACAAAGGAUACUAGUGUUAUUCUGUCUGUAGAAGGUCGCAUGCACCCAGUGAAAACUUUUUAUUUACAAGAACCUUGUUCGGAUUAUGUUAAGGAAACAGUUAAUACAAUUUGGAAAAUUCACAAAAAAGAACCAGCGGGAGAUGUACUUGCGUUCUUGACAGGACAAGAAGAGGUCCUUCAAGCUAUCGACUUACUAAAUGAGUUCAAAAAUGCUGAAAAUUUAGAAAACAUACAAAUCCUUCCAAUGUAUGGUACGCUUCCGAAUAAUGAUCAAUUGAAGGUGUUUUUCAAUCCACCUAAGUUCACUCGAAAAGUCGUUAUUGCGACCAAUAUCGCUGAAACAUCAAUAACGAUUCCUGGUAUAGUCUAUGUGAUUGACUGCGGUUUCGUUAAAUUAAAAUGGUUCAAUUCUGAGAGUUAUACAGAUAGUUUAGUGGUGGUACCGGUGAGCAAAGCAGCGGCCCAGCAACGAGCUGGUCGUGCGGGUCGUGUUCGAGCUGGAAAAGUAUAUCGGCUUUACACCGAAGAAGAUUACAAGAACUUACCCGAACAAACACCUCCCGAGAUGCGUCGAACCGAUCUUUCUUCAACUGUACUACAUCUUAAAGCCCUGGGAAUUGAUAAUGUUUUACGAUUUCAUUUUCCUUCACCGCCACCGGCAAAAAAUUUACUAGCUGCACUAGAAACUCUGUAUGCUCUAGAUGCUCUUGAUGAAAAUGGAGACUUAACAAAACCUAUAGGUUAUCUACUAGCAGAAAUGCCGUUGCCAGCAAUGACAGCCAAAAUGUUAUACGUGGCUGGUCAGUUGAGAUGCAGUGAAGAAAUCUUAACAAUCAUCGCAAUGCUCCAAGUACAAUCAGUAUUUUCAAAACCAGCUACAGGACAGGGUCAAAUAAAACAAAGGAUUGCGAAAAGGAACUUUGAAGCUGCUGAAGGUGAUCUCAUAACCCUUCUAAACGUCUAUACAGCUUUUGUUGAUAAUGGUAGAACAAAAGAAUUCUGCGGUCGCUAUUAUCUUAUUUACCGUAGUCUGAAGAGAGCUCAUGAACUACGCACCCAACUGGAAUCAUUAAUUCAGUCAAAACUUGGUAUUCCAAUGUUCUCGUGCAAAGGAGAUGUAGAGCUUAUUUGUAAGUGCAUAACUGCAGGAUUUUUCCCCAAUGCCGCCUAUUUGCACCAUUCAGGAGUUUAUAAAACAAUACGUGGAAAUACCGAAUUGAACAUACAUCCGCUCUCGACAAUUUACACAUUGAAGCCACCCACUUUUGUAGUUUAUUGCGAGUUAAUGCAGACAACAAAGCUUUUUAUGAAGGAGUUAACGGUCAUUCGAAGUGAAUGGCUGACUGAACUCGCUCCACAUUACUAUCAUAAAACCACUGUUAAAGAUUAAAUAAAGAAAUAAAAUAAAUAACUUAAAAGUUCUAAGAAAUGUCUUUUCUGGAACUAGUACUCAUAAGUCACAACUCAAUGCAAAUUAGGUAAGUCAGUGGGUUCAGAAACGCCUAAAUAUUUAGGUAAGUUCGCGUCUCUUAUUGGGUAGCUGUCAAUAAAAAUCCUUCCAAAUUAGGCAAUUUUAUUGGUAAGCUAACUGGAAAGUUAAGCCUGAGCUACAUCAAAACACAAAGUCAAAAAAGUACAAAAAAGUAAACACGAUGUUUUUUUCUUCUUCCCCCUAGUAGCUUGUUUGUAUAUCUCUCUUUCAUUUUAAAAAAGUAUUCGAUUCAAAAAGCUUGAACAAGACCAAGCUUUCAAUUUUCACAAAGUUUUAAAAACAAACACACUGAAACAAUAUUUUAUAUCCUUCCCGUAAGGUAGCUCUUCGAUCAUAUAGUUCCUGUCAUUUUGCGAAAAAAAAGCUCUUUUGAAAAACAAUAAUUGAAAUUUCAAAUACAGUCGAUUCCCUAUA